AUGCCGCACCGGCUUACUAUACACGUGAGACGUCCGUCAAAGAGGAAGCCUUUUAGGGCCUUUGUGUUCGAACAACCUGGAAAUCCACUUGAAUGCGUCAAUCUUCGCUCUUUCGCUCCGCUUCCCAACCCAAGGCCUGGUCAAGUGCAGCUGAAGAUGCUCAUGGCGCCUAUCAACCCGUCUGAUGUGAACGUCUUGCAAGGUGUAUACCCUUUCAAACCUCCUCCCAGAACGGAUCUAGGGACGGAGAAUGCGUUAUACGUCCCUGGGAAUGAAGGAGUCGGCGUUGUAGUUGAGGUCGGCAACGGCGUAAACAGCCUCAAGGUUGGAGACCGCGUUGCUUUGGCUAUGCCUCAGGCAGGGACGUGGUCGAAUUUUUUGAAUAUCGAUGCAGCUAGUCUCAUUCCGACCGGCAAUCGGGUAACCGACGUUCAAGCUGCUACAAUGAGUCAAUCCCCCUACGGCUUUGAUGUUGCUCCGAAACUUUGCCAACUUUCGGGAGGCGAUUUUGUGGUUCAAAACGGGGCGAACAGUGCUGUUGGCAUUGGGCUCAGAACUAUCAAUCUGCCAAAUCACGAUUCUCUUAAACAGUAUCUUCAAGAUCUUGGGGGCGAUCAUGUAUUAACUUAUGAAGAGCUGGGUGACCCUUCUAUAAGGGAUAGGGUUAAUGGAUGGACUCUUGGAAAGCCCAUACGACUCGCUUUGAACUGUGUUUCUGGAAAACACACCACCUCUAUGAUGCGCUUGGUCGGAAAAGACGCGAAUUUGGUUUCAUACGGUGCCAUGUCAAAACAACCUCUUUCGCUUCCGACUUCGCUUUUCAUUUUCAAGAACCUCACCGCCCAUGGCUUCAUGUUAGGAACAUGGUUCCAGCGCCAUUCAAUGGACGAGAGACGUACAGUUAUGCAGGAAAUCAUAGGGAUGCUAGAGAAUGGUCAGAUCAAAGAGCCCGCGUAUGAAAUAUUACCCUUACGUGGCAAUGAUGUUGAGAUCACACGUACCCUACAAAAUGUUCUUUCCAAACUGGAAGAGGGUUCUCAUGGGAAGAAAUUCAUCUUACAAUUCGUUGAUUAA